AUGGGAACUUGUCAAACCUCAAGAAAAAGAAUUAAAAGCAACACAUGGACCAUAUGUGAAGGACUUUAAUAAAAAAAAUUAGAUUCCACUUGCUAACGGUUGUCACUAUAUUUAGAAUUGGUUGGAGACACUCACUCCCUCGGUGGCUACUUGCAAGAACGAAUUAGAACUCUAUUUGAGAUCAAGCAAAAACUAAAUCCAAAUGCAACUUAAUCAUAAAAGAUCAAAUCAAUGCAGGAAGCAUCCGAAAUUAUAGAAUACCUCUAUAAUGACAAGCACUUUAGUCAAGCAUUCCCUAUUUUAAGGGAGAGUCUCUUCGAAAUCACAUAAGUGUCAAUAGUACUAGACUGA